AUGCAAAGCCCGGGGGCGCAGGGGCCUAAUGGAACCAUCGGUGUGUCGUAUGCGCAACGAGUGCUUGGGAUUCCUAAGAAGAUCACACUCUCUGCGUGGAUAAAAGACAGAACGAAGUACGAGAAGCAGCUGGAACAGGCAGACCAGCUCGGGGCCAAAGGCAAGAAAAAAGCCCGGAGCGUGAAGUCGUUUAACACGGGGAGGGUAAGGUCAAACGCUGAGGCCGAGCUCGAACUUCUCGAGUGGAUCAACGAUGUUCGUUCGGAAGCUAUCUCUGCCCGCGUCUCUACAAGGAUGAUCAAGAACAAGGCGGUAUCGCUCAACUCGCUUUGGUUCGGCCCGAGGCCUGCAACGAACGACCUGGAGGGCAGUAGAAAGUACCGCAACAAGCAGAUUCACUGGUGCAGGAGGUUCCUUAGGAAGUACCGGUUGUCAUUCCGGGCGAUUACCAGGCAAGGCCAGAAACUCCCUUCCGGGUGGCCUGCGAUUGCCAUGAAAGCCGCCAAGGAAUGGAGGGCGAUUCGUCACGGAGGAAUCGACGGUGCAACGAGCAGUGCUCCUUCAAAGCUACCUCUGUUGUUGAAGGAGGAGCAGAGCUACAGCAUGGAUGAAACUGCUGUGUGGAUGGAGCCCGCUGGCACGUCGACCGUGGCGCACACCGGUCAGAAAGAGGUGGCCAUCAAAACCGGUGGAAAGGAAAAGUUGCGGAUCACUGCCGUGCUUGCAGCAAACACGAAGAGAGGCAAACUACCGCCGCUGCUCAUCUUUAAGGGUAAGCCUACGGCGCCGGGUAAAACCCCCGCUGCCAACAGCAUCGAACGAGAGUUCAAGGUGGGCAACGACAAGAAGGGGAUAGCAUACCCUCAGAGCGUUGUGUACGCCGUGGACGACAAGGCGUGGCACACGCAGCGCGUCUCCAGGGAUGUUUGGCUCCCCCAAGUGUGGAACCGGCGCCCGGGUCGCGAUGGGGUCCUGGGCAACUACCGUCAGCCGGACACGCUGCUAUCGUGGGACGAUUACACCGUGCACAAGACAGCCCUGUGCAAGGAAGCGAUGGACAAGUCCAACACGACGCUGUUUUUCGUCCACGGAGGCCUAACGCCCAAGAUCCAGCCUUGCGAUGGACUUAUCAACAAGCUGUUCAAGUCCAACAUGUCCAGGCUGUACGACAACCAUAUGGCCUCCACCGACGCCGUGCGCAACGACGGCGGCUACCCGGAUCCCCCAUCGAGGGGAUUGAUUGCGCAGUGGGUGAAGAAAGCGUGGGAUGAAGUGGACCCUGAGAGCAUUCGUUCGAGCCGGAGGAAGGCUGGCAUGACCCUUGCCUUCGAUGGAUCUGAGGACGAGGCGUGGGCCAACAAGGAGCGCAACUUCAACGCCCAAGGGAAACCACUUCGUGCGGACGGCGACGCGGCCGCUGCCGGCGUGGAGGAGGCUGGCCCAUCGGAGGAGGGGGAGACGAUGGCCGACUUGUUGGAGGUGUUGGAAAUCGACGACGAUGACAUCUCGGGAGAUGGCGAAGGCAACGAUGACUCGGAGGUUGAGGUCAUGGCAGACUUACCGGGGGCGGGCGUUGUUUGCAUAGACUGUCUUGUCUGGUGGGUGCCUCCUUUGAGCGCACUGCAUCACUCGGGCGACAUUAUUAUCACACCCCCGUAG